UCAAGAAGAAUAUGUUCUCAUUUUUUAAUUAUUUUGUACAGUGACAUAUAUCAUUUUUACAUAACUGUGCAACACAUCCAUGUGUAUUCUUUUUUUCACAGGAUGAGACAAUAGUCAUUGCCCUUCAACAAAUGAUAGUUAUCAUGUUUCAGCACUUUGUGUGAGGUUUUAGAAAGUUUAUUACACAUGACACUUGUUACCUACUAGACAAAUGCUGGAUAUGAAUAUGUUAUUAUCAGUGUGUUGAAUGUGAGAAAAUCAUUUACAGUAUCAGGUAGUGUAUCAUGAUACAUAUUAAAUCAUCAAAUUGUGUUAGCUCCCAUCCCUGGUUGUUAUUGGUGGUGUUCUUGUGGAAACAUCUUAAGGAAAUGGAUUAUGCACGACUCUUUUAUGCUUUCAGUGAACACCAUAACACCCACAAGUUAAUAAUGGAAGUACAAAGCCAACCACAGAAUCCAGGCUCUGAAACAUGUGUUGUCUUGGACAGUGAGAGAGAUUUGCUGGAAACAGAUGAUCUCAGGAAAAACACUGUUUCUGACGUGAUAGAAACAGUUGAUCUCAAGAAAUCGGAGGGAAUCAAGCCUGAUCAGUGUGUUGUAUGUGGGAAAGAGUUUAAGCACUCAAGUAAACUACAGGCACACAUGAAGAUUCACACUGGAAACAAGUCUUAUCAGUGUGGUGAAUGUGGGAAACAAUUUAGACAAUCAUAUAACCUGCAGAGACACAUUAGGAGCCACAGUGGAAUCAAACCUCAUCAGUGUGUUGAAUGUGGGAAAGAAUUUGCAGAGUUAGGUAGCGUGCAGAGACACAUGAGGAUUCAUAGUGGAAUAAAGCCUUAUAAGUGUGUUGAAUGUGGGAAAGAAUUUGCAUAUUCAGAUAGCCUGCAGUCACACAUGAGGAUUCACAGUGGAGUCAAGCCUUAUCAGUGUGUUGAGUGUGGGAAAACAUUUACAGAGUCGGGUAACCUGCAGAGACACUUGAGGGUUCACAGUGGAAUCAAGCCUUAUCAAUGUGCUGAAUGUGGGAAAGAAUUUAAAGAGUCAAGUAAACUGCAGACACACAUGAGGAUUCACAGUGGAAUAAAGCCUUAUCAGUGUGUUGAAUGUGGGAAAGAAUUUACAGACUCAGCUAACCUGCAGAGACACAUGAGUGUUCACAGUGGAAUAAAGCCUUUUCAGUGUGCUGAAUGUGGGAAAGAAUUUUCACGAUCAUGUCAUCUGCAGACACACAUGAGUAUUCACAGUGGAAACAAGUCUUAUCAGUGUGGUGAAUGUGGGAAACGAUUUACACAAUCAUAUAACCUGCAGAGACACAUCAGGAGUCACAGUGGCGUCAAGCCUUAUCAGUGUGUUGAAUGUGGGAAAGAAUUUUCAGAGUCAGGUAGUCUGCAGAGACACAUGAGGAUUCACAGUGGAGUCAAGCCUUAUCAAUGUGUUGAAUGUGGCAAAAAAUUUGCAUAUUCAGAUAGCCUGCAGUCACACAUAAGGAGUCACAGUGGAAUCAAGCGCUAUCAGUGUGAUGAAUGCGGGAAGGAAUUUACACACCCAUAUUCCCUGCAGACACACAUGAGGAUUCACAGUGGAAUCAAGCCUUAUGAGUGUGUCGAAUGUGGUAAAGAAUUUAGUGUAUCUGGUAGCCUGAAGAGACACAUGAAGAUUCACAAUGGUAUCCAGCCUUAUCAGUGUGGUGAGUGUGGGAAAACAUUUACAGUAUCAUGUCAUCUGCAGACACACAUGAGGAUUCACAGUGGCGUCAAGCCUUAUCAAUGUGUUGAAUGUGGGAAACAAUUUGCAAGAUCAGGUGGCUUGCAGAGACACAUGAGGGUUCACAAUGGAAUAAAGCCUUAUAAGUGUGUUGUAUGUGGGAAAGAAUUUACUGAGUCAGGUACGCAGCAGUCACACAUGAGGAUUCAUAGUGGAAUCAAGCCUUAUCAAUGUGUUGAAUGUGGGAAAAGAUUUACACAAUCAAGUAACAUGCAGAAACACAUGAGGACUCACAGUGGAAUCAAGCCUUCCUAUGAACACUACAACUUCUACAAGAUAAUAAUGGAAGUACAAAGCCAAUCACAUAAUCCUGGAUCUGUUCCUGGAACAUCUUUUAUCACCAACUGUGAGAGGGAAUGUCUGGAACCGGGUGAUCUUAAGAAACAAUCUGAGACUGGCAACCUGGAAACAGGUGAUCUCAAGAAACACAGUUUAAUCCAGCCAUAUCAGUGUGUUGAAUGUGGGAAAGGAUUUACACGAUCAGGUGGCUUGCAGACUCACAUGAAGAUUCACAGUGGAAUCAAGCCUCAUCAGUGUGUUGAAUGUAGGAAAGAAUUUACACAAUCAAUUGACCUGCAAAGACACAUGACGAUUCACACUGGAAUCAAACCUUAUCAGUGUGUUGAAUGUGGGAAAGAAUUUACACAAUCACGUUACCUGCAGAGACACAUCAGGAGACACAGUGGUAUCAAGCCUUAUCAGUGUGUUGAAUGUGAGAAAGAAGUUAAACAAUCAUGUCACUUGCAAUCACACAUGAGGAUCCAGAGUAGAAUGAAGCCUUAUCAGUGUGUUGUAGGUGAAAAAAGAUUUACAGAGUCUGGUACACUGCAGACACACACGAGGACUCACAGUGGAAUCCAGUCUUAUCAGUGUGGUGAAUGUGGGAAAGAAUUUACAGUGUCUAGUACACUGAAGAGACACAUGAGGAUUCACAGUGGAAUCCAGUCUUAUCAGUGUGGUGAAUGUGGGAAAAGAUUUACGUACUCAGACAGCCUGCAGAAACACAUGAGGGUUCACAGUGGAAUCAAGCCUUAUCAGUGUGUUGAAUGUGGAAACGAAUUUGCUGAGUCAGGUACCCUGCAGAAACACAUGAGGAUUCACAGUGGAAUCAAGCCUUUUGAAUGUGUCGAAUGUGGAAAAGCAUUUGCACAAUCAUGUAACCUGCAGACACACAUGACGAUUCACAAUGGAAUCAAGCCUUGUAAGUGUGUAGAAUGUGGGAAAGAAUUUACACAAUCACGUUACCUGCAGAGACACAUGAUGAGGCACAGUGGAAUCAAGGCUUAUCAGUGUGUUGAAUGUGGGAAAAGAUUUACACAGUCAGGUGCCCUGCAGAGACACAUGAGGAUUCACAGUGGAAUCAAGCCCUUUCAAUGUGAUGAAUGUGGGAAAGGAUUUACACAGUCAGGUACCCUGCAGAAUCACAUGAAGAUUCACAGUGGAAAGAAGCCUCACCAGUGUGUUGAAUGUGGGAAAGGAUUUACACAGUCAGGUAGCCUGAAGUCACACAUGAGGAUUCACAGUGGAAACAAUUGAUUGAAUUUAGUGGACUGAAAUAUCAUGAGUGUAUUUAGUGUCUAUGUUUAUAACUAAUCAGCAUAAUAAAUGAUAAGUCAAUCAAGGUAUUAUUGUUAAUCCAUUAAUCCCUGUAUUGGCUUUUGACAGCUAGAGAUGUGUGUAUUCCAUCUGUUCUAAGUAACUAAAUAUACUGGGUAGUCAGAUGAGACUCCCUGCAUAUGUUCAUGUACAAAUUAUUAUUAUUUGAAAAAAAUAUCUUCAAGGAUAUGAUUAGUGUGUGCUGGUCCUCAUCAAGACAUUUUUCAACAGCUUGUCACUGUUAUUAUUCAACAUCGUUGAUCGUCUUCAGAAGGGAAAAGGUUGUGAAUGUAUAUCAAUCUGUGUUAAAUAUAAGCACAUAAGCAUUACUCAAGCAUCCCCUACUUUUUUGGAUGUGUGCUUCAAUAAGAAAUAACUGGUGUGAGUCAUUGUUGGAGACACGACAAAAGAGUUGUGAACUAACAAACAGAAUGCAUCGUCACUACCGUCACAAAAAAUGAAGUUGACACUAGCAAUUGCUUCUGUUUUGAUGGUGUUAUGCGAAGAAAUUUGCAGAGUCAGGUACCCUGCAGAAACACAUGAGGAUUCACCAUGUUCACAGUGGAAUGAAGCCUUCUGAGUGUGUUGAAUAUGGGAAAGGAUUUACACAGUCAGGUACCCUGCAGAAUCACAUGAGGAUUCACAGUGGAAACAAUUGAUUGAAUUUA